AACUUAUUAUUAUUAUACGCAUCUUUUGCUCCCCCGUGUGGAGCUCGUUGGUUUGUGCUGCUUGCCUGUCGCAGAAAUACAACGAAGUGGUGACAUAAUCAAUACGAGACAUCAUCCACAAGAAAAGCGCGAGGAAAAAUGCUUUUCUACUCGUUUUUCAAAUCACUAGUCGGCAAGGACGUGGUGGUGGAGCUCAAAAAUGACCUCAGUAUCUGUGGAACACUUCACUCUGUUGACCAGUACCUAAACAUCAAGCUGACAGACAUCAGUGUCACAGACCCAGAGAAAUAUCCGCACAUGCUGUCUGUGAAAAACUGCUUCAUCCGUGGAUCAGUGGUGCGGUACGUUCAGCUCCCCGCAGAUGAAGUGGACACACAACUACUUCAGGAUGCUGCACGUAAAGAAGCAAUGCAGCAGAAACAGUGACAGCUGCAGCAUGGGGCAACAUCCAGGGUGGGACUUUGGGUUAGAGUUGUAUGGUCAUGACUAGUUUGUCGGGGGCUUUUUUGUUGUUGUCUUGUUUCUGUUUUUUCCCAGGUAAUUGUACUUCCUAGACUUGGUGCAGUUUUUUGUAUUUAAGCAGUACUGUUUGUUGUCCCCAUUCGCAGUAAUUGUAAUUAAUUGUAAUUACUAAGAGCAGUGUACCAUUUUCUUUUGAAAAUAAAUUGAACAACAGGAGGACCGGUAA